GGUACAUUAGCAAUGUUUUCGAAAUAUCACCAAUACACUGGCGAUACAAGUGACACCUGUAAUUAAUACAAUUGAAAAUAUUGGCAAUACAUCAGCAAUAUCUAUAUAUUAUAGAAACAAGUGACACCUGAAAUUUACAUGGUCGAAAUUAUCGGUGAUACAUUGCUGAUAUCGAUAAAUCAGUGCUAGUUAGUAAUAUAUCUCUGACACAUGGAAUUUCUAAUACUACCAGUGUUAUCAGUAUCGUCACUGGUGUUAUUGGUAUCUCCGAACUGGAGAUACGGAAUAUCAGGGAUAUUACAAACAAAGGUAUGGGAAACUUGUAUGGACGAUGCAAGUUGUUUUGGUUGAUUUCGCAUUGGCCCACAGCCAACACAGAGUUAGAUACUUUCGGGAUCCGACCCUUUGUAUCUGAUUGUUGUAUCAAAGACUUGUCUGGUAUCCGGGCAUCAUGAUCAACAAGGAACUGUAUAUAGCUAAAUGAUCACAGUCAAAUCGGAUCUUAAAGUGAUCAAAUAGCCAGGCCCACUAAAGCUAUCUUCUUUAAGUUCACUAGAUGUGUUGCAAAAGAACUGUACAAAGCAAAUCGACUACGAACCAAGAUUACCAUUGGUAGGCCCAACUGUUUUAUCACCAUCAUAUUCUGAUCUGAUGGUGGUAGGUUCACAAUACACUAAUAAUCUGGAUACGCUAUUGACUAUCACGUGUUUUUUUUUCUUCAUGUCAUGCCAACUACAAUUUGCCACUUGGGUAUGAUGGAUUUCGAACCAUUUCUUCAUGUAAACUUCAACAGAACCAUUGACAGUAGCGGUGUGAGUGGUCCAAUUCCUUCCACAUUUGCCAAUCUAGUAAACUUGGAGAAAUUGUGGGCCUUUGAUAAUGAGCUCACGGGCACAAUACCUGACUUCAUAGGGAGUUGGACCAAGCUUAAUCUUUUGGAGUUGCAUGGGAAUGCUUUCCAAGGUCCGAUACCUUCCAGUCUUUCCAGUUUGACAUCCCUAACUGCUUUGCGAAUUGGUGAAAUAACGGGUGGAAGCUCAUCUUUGGCAUUUAUCAAGGUCAUGAGGAACUUAACCAUAUUAAUCUUGAGAAACAGUAAGAUUUCAGAUAGAAUUCCAUUCGACAUUGGAGAGUACCAAUCAUUACAGCAUCUGGAUUUGAGCUUUAACGAUUUAACUGGUGAAAUUCCAAGCUCGCUUUUCACUUUGAGUUCGCUUUCUUCCUUGUUUCUCGGAAACAAUAGCCUGUCUGGUAACCUUCCUUCUAGUAAAAGCUCAUCUCUCACGAACAUAGAUUUAUCAUACAAUCAACUAUCAGGAAGCUUUCCCUCUUGGGUUACACAAGGCUUGCAACUGAAUUUGGUCGCGAACAACUUCGUCAUCGAUAGUUCUAAUAACAGUACUUUGCAUUCAGGAUUGAAUUGUCUUCAGCGGAGCUUUUCAUGCUAUCAAGAUUCUCUAACCCAUUCUUCAUUUGCAAUAAAUUGCGGCGGUCAAGACUGGACAUCGAUAGAUGGAAUGUGGUAUGAUAGUGAUGUCAAUGCUCUCCGCCCAGCAUCAUAUUAUCUGGCCAGCGCGAGCAGGUUGGCCGUCAGUAAUGUUGGGCUUAAUGAAAAUGACUUGUACAGUACAGACUCUAUGCCGCAGAUUACGGAUACUUCAGACCCAGAGCUGUUUUGGACAACAAGGGUAUCGCAAGGAUCGCUAAGAUACUACAAACUUGGGCUUGUGAACGGACAAUACAAUGUGACUCUGCAAUUCGCUGAGAUACAAAUGGUGGAUUCGAUAGGAAGGCGUGUGUUCGACAUUUUUGCCCAGGGUAAUCUCCAAUUGAAAGAUUUUGAUAUAAGGAAGGAGGCAAAUGGAGUCUCUAAUAGUGCAGUUUUGAAGACCUUCAAGGUUAAUGUAUCCAAGAAUUACCUUGAAAUCCAUCUCUUUUGGGCUGGAAAAGGGACUUGCUGCAAGCCUGUUAUUGGUAUCUUCGGGCCAUCCAUUUCUGCCAUCAGUGUCACUCCAGAUUUCCCACCGCCAACUGCUUCAGGAAAGAAGAACAAGACUGGUUUGAUUGUUGGGAUUGUCGUUGGUGCUGUUGCUCUGAUUUUUCUAGUCAUUUUGGUAAAUUUUAUUUGGAGACGAUGGAGCAGGGACAUCCAUAAAGAUGAAGAGCCUCUAGACAUGGGUGCCAAACCAAAAACUUUUAGUUAUUCCGAACUGAGGACAGCUACUGGAGAUUUCAGUCAGGAAAAUAGAUUGGGAGCAGGAGGAUUUGGGGCUGUUUAUAAGGGUACACUUUCAGAUGGAAGGAUAGUAGCUGCGAAGCAACUCUCAGUGGCAUCUCAUCAUGGAAAGAGUCAGUUUGUAACAGAGAUUGUUUCCAUAUCAGCAGUGCAGCACCGUAACCUUGUGAAGUUGUACGGAUGCUGCGCCGAGGGAGAGGAGCGGAUUUUGGUUUACGAGUAUCUCAAAAAUGGGAGCCUUGAUCAUGCACUCUUCGGAGAGAAUGCGCCGCAAUUAACUUGGCCCACCCGCUACAAUAUAUGCUUGGGUACGGCACGAGGCCUCAGUUAUCUCCACGAGGAUUCAAGGUGCCGAAUCAUACAUAGAGAUAUCAAGGCCAGUAAUAUUUUGCUUGACGCUGAUUUCAACCCCAAGAUUUCAGAUUUUGGUUUGGCCAAACUAUUUGAUGAUAACGAGACACACAUCAGCACACGGAUUGCAGGGACAUUUGGGUAUCUUGCACCGGAGUAUGCCAUGAAUGGGCAGCUGACAGAAAAGGCUGACGUUUUCGGAUUUGGGGUGGUCGCACUUGAGAUUCUUGGCGGAAGGCCAAAUACAGAUAGAAGGUUGGAAGAAGAUAAGAUGUUUCUCCUCAAAUGGGCUUGGAAUCUAAACGAAGCUAACCAUCCAUUGGAACUGAUCGAUCCGACACUAUCUGAAUUCGAUGAAAGACAAGCGCUAAGAAUGUUUCGAGUAGCUCUUUUGUGCACUCAAGCAUCGCCGGUGCUACGCCCGUCCAUGUCUCAUGUGGUGGCCAUGCUAUCAGGCUAUGCAGAAGUGAGCAGUGUCACAUCGUUACCCAGCUACUUAACUGUGUGGCAAUCCGAUGGUUCAACCCGCUCCCUGACAGAUUAUAUGUCAGGAGGGUCUGGGAACAACAACGAAUAGCCAAGAGAUCAUUGAAGGAAGAUAGUGCUGAUCGACUCCUAAGCUAUGCAUGCGUGUCCUGAAGUUAUCCUCUCACCGCUAUGUAUCCUUGUACAUAUCAUCUUGUUUUUGGAUGUUGAAUGUAACUUAUAAUACUUAUGUAUUUGUUUCAUAGUUCAAAUCCUUGAAAACUCGACUUGACUCGAUGUCCAGCUCGGUCUGAUUGACUCUAAGACUCCGUCGAAUCUUACUUGGCUCGGCUCAAUAAUUAUAAUGAAAUUUAGAUGGUAUUAAAUGUUCUUCCAUGUUAAAUAAUACAA